CGUAGGCCUACAUGAUCAGAUGGGCUGCAGGUUGCAAGAUAACUCAGGGAAGCCGGUGAAGCGGUGUGCAGGGACCACGUUUCAGGACACCGGCGACAAUUUGGCCAGCUCAUCAGAUGCGAGGACUGUGAUACUGUUGGUCAGUGCAAGGACACGGCAUUGUGAAGAUUCCGAGGAUAAGCGGUCUCGUUUUGAACUACGGUCCAGUUGGAGCUCAACUUCAACAUGAUGGACGAAGACAAGGCCAUGAUAGAGCUGCAAAUCAAAGAGGAGCUGCAAGUUAAAGAGGAGCUGCAAGUCACAGAUGAGCUGCAAGUUAAAGAGGAGCUGCAAGUCACAGAUGAGCUGCAAGUUAAAGAGGAGCUGCAUGUCACAGAGGAUCUGCACAUCAAAGAGGAAGAAGAGGAGUGGACAGUGACCCAGAGAUCCUACAGCCCCCCGUGCCAGUUGUGGUCGUCAAAACCCUUUGGCCUCACCUCCAGAAAACAGGAAAUAACAGAGGAAAUGAUUGACCCACACAGUCUGGGCACCAGGAUGGACCUUGGGACCUCCAACACCUCAAACACCACAGUUAAUCCAGCUCCUGUCAGUUUGGAUGCACGGCCAGGGACUUCAAGGAGCUGCAAAGCACCCCGUAUGUGCGCUGCUUGUGGCAAAGCCACGUCGGUCCUCGGCCACUUUGUGCACAAAAAAAAGAUUUUCUGCCAGUCCACAUCUGAAGGGGUCACCCUGGAGGAGUGGAUACAGAAAAAUGUGCCUAGAACCACCAGGUGGAGGUGGAAGGUCCAGGAGGAGGCCAUCAUGGCCGGGGUUAUACUAACCCCAAAAAAGCACCAUACCUGCAGCAUGUGCAAAAAGAGGAUGACGAGGGACGCCGGUCACAGCGUGCACAAGGCCACACGUCAGUCCUUCUGCCAGGCCACUGACCCUUUGGGCAGGACAGUAGAGGAGUGGCUCACAGAGAUUCGUGGUGGGGUCUCCACAAAAGACUUUAUCAAGGCAAACCUUAAAAAAAGAUGGAGGCGGUACCAUCAAAAACCAGAUGUGCAGGAGAAACGGAGACAGAAAAGGAGGGAGCAGUAUCUCAUAGAGAAGAAGGCAAAAGAGCUUAAUAAGCAGAAGAAGGUGGAGGAGAAAAAGUAGUUUAGGAGAGGUGUGUAUAUAGUAUGAAGAUCAGUGAAGGGCUGCACACUUAAUUGAAUAUUAAUCAUGCACACUUCGGCUUCCCAUAAUUAAAUGAUCGACUGGGAUAUUGAUGUUUAAUGUGUGUGGUCUGCACAUAGAAAACUGCUGCAUAUUAAAUCAAGUGCCUGCAGCGCGUUCAUCCUGCAGCAGCAGUCUGUGAGAGACUAUCCUGAGCUUUGCAACAGCAGACGAGCUAAACUAAAUAAAUCCGUCAUCAGUCAUCAUUAUCCAUUGUUUGGAAGUAUUUCAGAUUUAGGUGCGAGGUGAAAGCAGUCCUCUGUUAAUUUAAAUGUGAAAGUACAAUAAAAAUAUUUUGUCCCUAAAAACAAAAGAUAAUCAUGAUAUAUAAAUGCGAUCUCAAUAUUGAUAAAAAUAAUCGUCAUUAUCAUUUUUGAUAAUUGUGCUGCUCUAGAUCAGUGUGUAUUAUAGUUUGAUACUAAUCUCGCAUUACAUUAGACUUUAUUCCCUGUUGUUCAUAAUCCUGCAAUUUAAUUUCAGCUGCUGCUGGCUAGUAAAUGUUGUCAGUAUUUUCUGCUUGUCAUUCCAACACAUCAAUUCCUCUUUUUUCUGUUUUUUUUGGUCUCCAAAGUUUCGGUAACGUUAGUAAUCAACAGCAAAUGCUCAGCCUUUUGGCCACUGAGGUGUUGCUGAACUUAAAGUGGGUAAAAUCCUAUUUCAUUGUAAAGCUGCCCGCAGCAUAUUGAUUCGCUUGGCCCAUCCUAAACCUGCUCUUGCUCUGUUAAUCACGAGACAGGGACACUUGGCCCACACAUGGUGACGGGACUAACUGGCUAACAUUACCAAAUGGUUAACAGAUUUAAUGACAGAGUUAAGUCAUUUUGGUGUCAGUGUGAGUUUGUUGAGACCAUUUGACUGCUCAGUGCCUGACAUUCGCUGUUGCUGUAUUAGCACGCGCUAACCAGACAGACUUAUUUAUUCACCUUGUUUAUCGAGGCUAUAAAGUAUUGGGCUUUUUAAAUAAACUUCCAACACUCAGCUGCUGUGACAUUUUGCAGUGGUAUCUACCAAUGUACCAAGAGUUCACCUCUGCGGACAAACUCAGCUAGCCAAUGGGGUCAUGUACAUGAGAUCUAACACAAGAUUAGAUGUUAGCUAAUUAAUAUGCGCAUGCCAUCAACUGGACAGGGAUGUGAAUUACUUAAAUUACGUAAAUUACUGUAGAUCUGUCAAAAUGACUGGCUGCCUUAAGAUUUUUC